UGGGCUUCCAUGAUCCUCUCUUUUCUAACGUAACGUUGAGAGAAAACGUGGUGGUACUUAUCAAAAUGCAGGUUCCACCAAUUUUUAUGGAAUUGCCCUUAGAAGAUCAGGCACAGGAACUAAGGGUAUAUUUUAAAAGUUUGGGCGCUGAAAUAAGCGAAGAAAAGUCUCCUAAAGGUAUAGAAGAUGACCUACACAAAAUUAUCGGUGUAUGCGAGGCCUGUUUUAAAGAAGGAAAUGAAACUGAAAUAGAAACUGUUUUAAAUGAUAUUGUAUCGAUUUUGAUAGUGAUUCCUACAGAACGAGCUGAAAAUUUAAUAUUAGCCUUUUGUGAAAAGUUAACAAAAGCUCCUGGUUAUAAAUUUGGUUUAGUUUGUUUAAAAGCAUUGUGGCUAUUAUUUCAAUCCCUUUCAGAUGAUUCUCCAAUGAGAUAUCACGUGUAUUAUCACUUAGUUCAAAUUGCUCGUAAUGUUGAUCAAGUUAAAGCAGUAUAUAGUGGAAUAGAUCAGUUGAAGCAACAAUUUGCAUCAUUCCCACCAUCAAAUGAACAAAUGCAAAAGCUGCUGCGACUGCUUCAUGAAGUACUGCUAAGUUGUAAACAGGGGGAACAAGCUGCUGCAGUUAUGGUUGAACUCUUAGGUACUUAUACUGCUGAAAAUGCUUCUGCUGCCAGGGAAGAUGCACAACGUUGUAUUUUGGCUGCAUUGGCAGAUCCAAAUACUUUCCUGCUUGACCCGUUAUUAGCAUUAAAACCUGUAAGGUUCUUAGAAGGAGAACUUAUUCAUGAUCUCCUCCUUGUAUUUGUCCAAGACAAACUACCCGCAUAUUUACUUUUCUAUCAACAUCAUAAGGAAUUUGUGGAACACCAACUUGGAUUGAAUCAUGUACAAAAUAUGAAAAAGAUGAGAUUACUCACAUUUAUGCAAUUGGCAGAAACAAAUCCUGAAAUGUCAUUUGACACAAUUCAAGAAGAACUACAAAUUACUGAAGAUGAAGUAGAAAGUUUUAUUAUUGAUGUACUGAAGACGAAACUGGUUAGAGCUCGUAUGGAUCAAGCAGGUCGUAAAGUUCUUAUUUCAAGCACCAUGCAUAGAACAUUUGGUCGACCACAAUGGAUGCAGUUACGUGAUUUACUUGCAGCUUGGAAAGCAAAUUUAUCUGCUGUGCAGGAGGGUAUGAAAUCUGUAGCUGCUGCACAAAUGGAACUUGCAGUAAAAAAUAAAGCCACGAUUAAUCAUUGAUAAUAUUUAAAUUAUGUUCAUAACAUUCAUAACUUGCAUAUACAGACGUUAAUUGCAAACUGAAAUUAUUUAAUUUUUUAAUUAAUUCAUGAUCCUGUCUGAAUAAACAUACAUAUUGUAUGUCACAGUAUUGUUUAUAAUAAAAUUAAUCACGAUUAAGAGAACGAAAGAUCGUUUACGAAGUUUGUAAUUAAUUACGUGACAUUUCAUAUUGUACAGUGUACUUUUGUGAACUACCGCAAUAUUAUUGUUUCAUAUGAACCAUCUUCAAAAGGAAAUAAAUUUUGUAAUGUAUUAAA